UGUUGGUUUGUGGUAGUGGCGUUGAGCGGGUGUGUCUUUCGUUGCGAGUCUCCUGUAGUGAUUCUCAGCGAUUAAACAUCGGCCCGUUUGAGUGAUUCACGGUGCAAGACCGAAAUCAUCAUCCAGAUCAGCUACCAAACAAACCCCGAGUUCUUGACAGAAAGUCUGAAAACCAAACUGACGUCAUGAUUGAGCAUCUUCCACUGGGCGUUGACCCCGAGACAUCGGCUGCCAAAAUGGAGAACGACAAGAAGAAGAAAGUGAAAGAGACAAAGAAGAAAAAGAAGAGCAAGGUUGCUUUGUUCACCAGAGCGGCCUUGAGAUGGUUCUGCUUCUCUCCCAGUGAUGAGCCGUUCAGAUUCCCAUCCUCUGAUGGUAAAUGAUGCUUUUGGCAUCUACAGUAGAUGUUUCAGACUGUAAUGUUAUGAAUAAACUGUAUAUUUACUGCCCUGAUCUGGAGUUUAACAUGAAACUGACGGUGUGUGUGUGCAAACUGCAAUCAUCUGUCUUCUAACAGAUAAUGAGGUCUAUGAGAAGAGGAUGGUGGAGGAAGAGGAACUGAAGGAGAUGAAGCAGGAGGAAAAGGAGGAGGUGGAGAAGGAGGUGAAAGUGAAAGAGAGGAAGAAGAAGAAAAAGAAGAGCAAGGUUGCUUCGUUCACCAGAGCGGCCUUGAGAUGGUUCUGCUUCUCUCCCAGUGAUGAGCCGUUCAGAUUUCCUUCCUCUGAUGGUAAAUGAUGCUUUUGGCAUCUACAGUAGAUGUUUCAGACUGUAAUGCUGUGAAUCUGGAGUUUACCAUGAAACUGACGGUGUGUAUGUGCAAACUGCAAUCAUCUGUCCUCUAACAGAUUAUGAGGUCUAUGAGAAGAGGAUGGUGGAGGAGGAGGAACUGAAGGAGAUGAAGCAGGAGGAGGAGGAGGUGGUGAUGACGGAGGAGGAGGAGGUUGUGAUGACUGAGAAAGUGAACGAUAACACGAAGGAAGAGAAGACAGAGGAGGAGGUCAAGAAAAGAAAGGAGGAGGAGAUAAGCAGCCAGCUGUCAGAGGAGUUCUGGAGAAUGAAAUUGAGGGAGGAGGAGAAGGAAAGUGUGGUGGAGGAAAAUGAGGAAUUAAAACCCAUUGAAAAAGCGGAAGUGGAGGACAUGGAGAAAGACAAAGUGAAGAAGAAGACAAAGAGGAGAAGGAGGCCGAGGAGAAACCGCAGGGUGGAGGAGGAGGUGAAAGGACAGGAAAGUGAGGAGGUGGAAAAGAGCAUGGAGGAGAAAGAGACAAUAACUGACAUCGUAAGAAAGGAGGAGGUGGAGGAGAGGGUGGCGAACAGGAGGAGGAUGACCACAUGGACAGUUGACAGCUUGAAAGAGGAGUUGAACAGAAAGUUCCCGAUACACAAGCAGCACAUGUGGCCCAACAACAGACCUGCCUCCAAGGCCCAGGCUGCACGGCGGGGGAAAAACCGCCAUAUUCUGUUAUGGGGACAGAGAAACGUGUAGAACUCAAUAAAGUUGUGUUGAACAAAA